AUGACUCGACCUGCUAUUACACUGUUUGUUAUGCUUCUUUGCUUGACAACCGUCGCCGCAUUCACAUCCCCAAAAUCAUAUUUUGUAAUGGGAGGAGUUUCGUCAGCAGUUUCUUCAUCGUCACAGAUUUUCAUGUCCUCCGAUCCUUUGGAAGAAGUUGCUGAAGGGGCGAGCGCUUCGGCAGAACCAAUGGAAGCAACCACCAUUGAUGAAUCAAAUAUUGCUAGAAACUAUGGACGAGCUGGAGAAAUCAAGGAAGUGAAAUGGGUCGAUCCUGCCAUGGUUGCAAACACCAAUCCUUUGAAAAUGUCAUUCUGGGCCUACUUUUUGUUUGGAUGGCCAUUGGUCUUGCUCGCUGAUGAUCUUUUCCACAUUGUCCCUGACUUUGUCAAGGAUAGCCCGGUGGGAUUCCUGUUUUAA